UCUUCAAAAAUAGUAAUGCAGGAGUUAAUAUUUACAUCUAAGCCUGGGCAAUGGAUAUGCAAAGGUUUUGAAAUUUCGUUAUUUCAGACAGCACAAACAAUGGUUUUUGCUGUCAAUGAAAUAAACAGAGAUCCUAAUCUUCUGCCUAAUAUAACACUAGGCUAUAGACUGUAUGACAACUGCAUGAGGCUUCCAGUGGCACUCAGAGCAGCAGCAACACUGACCUGUGGGAUGGAUGAACGUAUACUGGAUUACCACUGUAGUGGUGUUCCUCCUGUUCUCGCCAUUGUUGGAGAUCCAAUAUCGACACAUUCUAUUGCUAUAUCAAGAAUCUUAAGUCUUUUCCACAUACCCAUGGUCAGCUAUUUUGCUUCCUGCCCUUGCCUGAGUAACAAACAAGAAUAUCCAACGUUCUUUAGAACAAUCCCAAGUGACAAAUUUCAGAUCAAAGUAAUUACAGAAAUCCUUAAACAUUAUGUUUGGACUUGGAUAGGAGUAAUAGCAAGUGAUGAUGAUUAUGGACAAUAUGCUGUGAAGACACUCAGCGAGGAAGUCCAACAUUUUGCUUGCAUUGCUUUUACAGAAACAGUUACAAAUGUUAUGGAGCAGAUGAAAGUCCUUUACAUCACCGACAUUAUUAAACAGUCCACUGCAAAGGUCAUUGUUGUAUUUACCUCUGCAGGGGACUUUACUGCUUUGAUAAAUGAAAUUGUUAAUCAGAAUAUUACUGGUAGACAAUGGAUUGCUACGGAUUCCUGGAGUGAUUCACAGGUUUUGCUAGAAAAGGAUAUUUUCAGAUCAUUCGGUGGGACUUUAGGCAUAUCCUUUCGUAAAGGUGAAAUCAAUGGUCUUCAAAGCUUCCUUUACCAGAUUCAACCAAAUUCUGAUCCAGAUAAUAAUUUAGUUCUAAAGUUUUGGGAAACAAUUUUUGGAUGUCAAUUCCCAGAAAAUCUGCAGAAUUUAACUGGUGAGCCAGAUGCUAAUUUUUGUACCGGUUUGGAAGAUAUCACGACAACAAAUACAGCGUACACUGAUGUUACAGAGUUAAGGGUGUCAUAUAAUAUUUAUAAAGCAGUAUAUGCCAUUGCACAUGCUAUUCAUGAUUUGAUGUUAUGUGAAAAUGGAAAUGGACCAUUUGCAAAUCGAACAUGUGCCAAUAUCAGGGACAUACAACCCUGGCAGGUUUUUCACUAUUUGAAGAAAGUCAAUUUUACAAAUCAUAUGGGAGAAAGAAUAGCUUUUGAUGAAAAUGGAGAUGCCCUUGCAAUUUAUGACAUUGUGAACUGGCAACAAGGUGAAAAUGGAACUAUUAAAGCAAAAAAAGUUGGUUUCUAUGAUCAGUCUCUGAUGGCUGGACAGGAACUUUUCCUUAAUGAAGAGGAAAUCUUUUGGAAUUUUGACACAGCAAAGGUUCCUGAGUCUGUCUGCAGCCAAAAUUGCCAGCCGGGAACAAGAAAAGCCACUAGGAAAGGUGAACCAGUCUGCUGCUUUGACUGCAUGCCCUGUGCUGCUGGUGAAAUCAGCAGUCAGAUUAAUUCUAUCGAAUGCAUCAAGUGCCCCAAUGAAUUCUGGUCAAAUCCUGCAAGAAAUGAAUGUGUUCUGAAAGAAAUUGAAUUUUUAUCCUUUGAAGACACCAUGGGAAUUACAUUAACAACGGUGGCUUUGCUAGGAGUUUUUAUUUCUCUUGGGGUAUUGUUGGUUUUCGUGCACUACAGACAUACCCCCGUAGUCAAAGCCAAUAACUCAGAGCUCAGUUUCCUUUUGCUGGUGUCAUUAACCCUGUGCUUCCUUUGUGCUUUAUGUUUCAUUGGAGAGCCAACAGAUAUAACCUGCAUUCUUCGCCACAUUGUGUUCGGAAUCAGCUUUGUUCUUUCAAUAUCUUGUAUUCUAGUAAAAACUGUUGUUGUUAUAAUGGCAUUUAAAGCCACUCUCCCAGGAAAUAAUGUAAUGAAGUUUUUUGGUGUGACCCAACAGAGAAGUACAGUUUUCCUCUUUACAUUCAUUCAAUCUCUUGUGUGUAUAAUUUGGCUCAGCACAGCUCCACCAAAUCCUGUUAAAAACACGAUGUACCAAAAUGCAAAGAUUAUAUUUGAGUGUGAUGUUGGCUCACUAAUGGGAUUUAGCUGUUUAUUGGGGUACAUUGGAAUACUGACAUGUAUCUCAUUUCUGUUGGCUUUCCUUGCCAGAAACCUUCCAGAUACCUUUAACGAGGCCAAAUUCAUCACUUUUAGCAUGCUUAUAUUUUGUGCAGUUUGGAUAACAUUCAUACCAGCAUAUAUUAGUUCUCCGGGUAAAUAUACAGUAGCUGUGGAAAUAUUUGCUAUUUUGGCAUCAAGUUUUGGGCUUCUGUUUUCGAUAUUUGCUCCAAAAUGUUAUAUUAUUCUAAUAAGACCAGAGUUAAAUACAAAAAAAGCAUUGAUGGGUAGAGAUUCAGAAAAGUAA